AAGAUCCUGGUUUCCCACCCCUCUGGCCGGCACAUGCAACGCAAAUCUGGCCAUCCCUGGGUAGGACAGAGAGAGAAACACAAGUCAAUUUGUCACCUGCAAUUAACAUGCCCUCAAUCUGUAACUCCCCCCUCAAUCACUGCUUGAAGGUAACCUGCAACUCUAGAAAGAUCGCACGUGCUGAGCUGCCCUUGGCAAUGCGAGACGCUGAAAUCUGCCGCAGAUCUGCGCUUGUUCGAACGCCGUGACCCCAGAGGGACGAGCAAGAGGGGGGAGAAGGCAGCCAGGAGCAGCUCCAUUUCUCUCUACGGAUCCCCCUUCCUCCUCCAGAGCCGGGCUGGCCCAGCUGAAAGGGUGUCCCUCUCCUCCACCACACGUUCCCCUCGGAAGAGGGAAGCAGCCACCCGGAUUCCAAUCGCGGGGCAUUAGCCCCUGGGGAAGGCUGCCUGGCUUCUCCCGUGCAGCAGACGUUUGGGUAGAAAGCCGGGAACUGUCGCUCCUGUCUCUUGCUAAGAGGAAAUAAAUAUGAGGACAGAGCUCUUCAUAAACGCCAGCGCCUGGGGCCCGCCAAGCAGGAGGCUGUGCCAUUCACCCGGACCCUGGUCCGAUGGAAGUUCUCUUAAGCAGAGCUUCCUCGCCAGACAUGGAUGAGAUGUACCUGAGAGAUCACCAUCACCACCAUCAUCACCACCACCAUCAGGACAACCGGCUCAACUCGGUCUCCUCCACUCAGGGCGACCUGGUGCAGAAGAUGUCCGGGGAAGGCCUCUCCAGAAACGGCUCCAAGGCCGGAGGGGAAGGCAGCAAGUACAAAAUCAAGAAGCAGCUCUCGGAGCAGGACCUGCAGCAGCUCAGGCUGAAGAUCAAUGGGCGGGAACGCAAAAGGAUGCACGACCUGAACCUGGCCAUGGAUGGGCUGAGGGAGGUGAUGCCCUACGCUCAUGGACCUUCCGUGAGGAAACUCUCCAAAAUUGCUACCCUCCUGCUGGCCAGAAACUACAUCCUGAUGCUCACCAGCUCCCUAGAGGAGAUGAAGAGGCUGGUGGGUGAAAUCUAUGGAGGACACCACUCCGCCUUUCACUGCGGGACAGUGGGGCACUCAGGCGGGCACCCGGCCCACGCAGCUAGCACGGUCCACCAGGUCCACCCUAUCCUUGGCAGUGCCUUGUCUUCAGCCAACACCUCCUCCCCGCUGUCCGCCUCCCUGCCAGGGAUUGGCACGAUCAGGCCCCCUCACUCUUUACUCAAGACUCCCUCUGCCCCGCCAGCCCUCCAGCUUGGCAGUGGCUUCCAGCACUGGGCGGGUUUGCCUUGCCCUUGCACUAUCUGUCAAAUGCCCCCUCCGCCACACCUGUCUGCCCUCACCACAGCCAACAUGAGCAGGAUCUCAGCAGAAUCCAAGGACUUACUGAAGUGACACUGAAAACUCCGGCGCCCUUUUAGCUAUACCAGAGAUCACACUUUCAAACAAGUUCUGUUCGGUGAUGCUGCAGGAAGACGCCACACAAGAAGUCCUGCGUUCGCAUGCAUGCUUCUCUUCCUUUGCUGAGCGCCUGUGUGUUUCCUCCCACCGGCAGCCGAGCUUGUCCAAACUGCAUUCGUUGUAACGAAGGAUUAGUGUAGUAAGGACCUUACAAAGGUAAUGUUUUAGUUGGAUUCUCGGGCCAUGUUUUCUUCUUAUACUAAAACAAAAAUCCCUGUUGUAAAAACAAAACAAAAAAUGUAAAUAUUUCCUUAAAGUGGAUGCAAAAAAAAAAAAAAAAAAAAAAAAAAAAGAAAGAAAGAAAGAAAGAAAGAAAAGAAAAGACAUGGUGGUCAUUGUACGGUUCGCAGGUGCAAAGAGACGAUGAGUUGUUUGGGGUUUGUUUGUUUUUGGUUUGUUUGUUGUUUGUUUGUUUGUUUUUAAAGGCAACACCUACAUUUCUGGGAAGCUUCUCUGCUCCACUCCAGGAUAUGACAGCUAGGAAUGACGAUGACUUUUCACACAAUAUAGCUUAAAAGAAUGCAUGCAUGCUUAUAAUUGAAUCUCCUUUAAACAUGUUGUACUGGCAAUGAUGCAGUUUUCCUUGUAACAAGGAUUUAAUAGUGAAUUCUCUAAAGCGUUUCUCUGUCCCGUCCCCCCGUCCCCCCCAGGUCUGUGGCUGUAUAAAACAAGAAAGAGAAAUAGUGCAAACCACGCGCAACAUCCCCAAAGCCUGUUUGGCCCGAUCUCCUGCUGUAAGUGCAGUGUAGUAGUCCGCUGGCUGGGGUCCACAUUGCCCUCACGCCCCUUGUUCAGUUAGCUGCAUGCAGGGUCGACUCUGGCCGGACUGGUCAUUGUGUUACUCCACUGGAACUUUCCUGUUGUUUUACGUUUGGUUUUGUUAUGUUUUCCUGGGCAUUUGCUUGAAAUAUUUUGUUAGGGCCUCAAAGACAACAACCUGUCUUUAUUUUUUAUAUAUUCUUGAUAACUAUCGAUAUAUUUAUUAUGGACCAGUGU